UGUCGGAUCGCCCAUUGAUCGCGGGCGGCGGCGGCGGGGCCCGCGCCCACGUGCUCGCUCGCGCCGGGAAUAGACAGUACAUCCCGCGCCGUCGCCCCUCGUCCACAUCUCUACCGACAUCACGCUACAUUUUCCACGCCGGAAAAAUUCAACCCGCAAUUCAUCAAGCCAGCUCACUCUCUAUAAACCAAACCUCAUGCAAUAAAUAACAGAUUUUCACUCAACCGCCAAAACUGCGCUAGUUAAGUACUUCCGCGUUUUCAUAUUUUUUAAAGGUCACGGUGUAUCAGUUCGAAACGUAAGCAAUAUAGUCGUCAGUAAUUGUUGGUGUCGUUGCUAAUUAAUCGUACGUGUUCGUUUUGCAAACGUGAUACUGUGAUAUUGUUGGAGUGUUAGUUUGACAUUGGGUAAGGCAGGAUUGGCUCGUGGGCGUGUGUAACGACGCGGAAUUUAUUUUGAAUUUAGUACGAUUUAAUUUUGGUUGGCGACGGGUGUUGAUGGUUGGCGUGUGAAGGCGGGAAGGCGGUUUAUUCGGCGCCGGCGCCGGUGUCGGCGGAGCGCGGCGCAUGUGCGAUGCGAUGCGCGAGAAACUGGCGGCCCUCCUGCGGGGCACGGUGCGCGGUUCGCACCACACUCCUGACAAACUCAACAAUGGCACCAUAUCUCCAGUAUUCACUGAUGAAGGGAGCGCACGCGAAGGCGGAUUGGUAUGGCGCGGGUGCUCCGCCGGCUGCGACGCCGAAGACGGCGCGACGGGAGCGCUCGCCGACGGCAACAUCAACCCAGGAGACAAGUUGGAGGGGUCGGACGCAGCUGCGGACGACCCUGUUCACCUCAAGAGACGGGUGGGACUCUUCAGUGGGGUGGCUCUAAUCGUCGGUACCAUGAUAGGAUCAGGAAUAUUCGUCUCGCCCUCUGGGCUUUUGGAGCGCACGGGCUCAGUGGGCAUAAGCUUCAUCAUAUGGAUGGCAUGUGGCCUGCUCUCGUUGCUAGGGGCGCUCGCGUACGCGGAGUUGGGGACAAUGAACACGUCUUCAGGUGCUGAAUACGCUUACUUCAUGGACGCGUUCGGGGGGCCGCCGGCGUUCCUCUUCUCUUGGGUGUCUACAUUGGUACUGAAGCCUUCGCAAAUGGCAAUAAUCUGCUUGAGUUUCGCUAAGUACGCAGUGGAACCGUUUGUGUCGGAGUGUGAACCGCCGGAUGCCCUCGUCAAACUGGUCGCGGUCAUAUCCAUUGUAAUGAUAUUAGCGGUGAACUGCUACAGCGUGAACCUGGCGACCAACGUGCAGAACAUCUUCACGGCAGCUAAACUGGUAGCGAUAGCCAUCAUCGUGUGCGGCGGAGCUUACAAACUGAUAUUAGGUAAUACGCGACAUUUACAGGAGCCAAACUUCGCCAGUAGUACGGCGACUCUGGGCAACAUUGCCACUGCAUUCUACACCGGCCUGUGGGCCUACGACGGUUGGAAUAACCUCAACUAUGUCACUGAGGAAAUAAAGAAUCCAUCCAGAAACCUUCCAAUGAGUAUUAUAAUCGGGAUCCCCCUGGUGACGCUGUGCUACGCGCUGGUGAACGUGUCCUACCUCGCGGUGAUGUCUGUGAGUGAGAUGGCGGACAGUGAAGCCGUGGCCGUCACCUUCGGCAACCGCCUGCUCGGACCCAUGGCCUGGCUCAUGCCGCUCGCAGUCACGAUAUCUACCUUUGGAUCCGCUAACGGCACCUUAUUCGUCGCAGGAAGGUUGUGUUUCGCAGCUUCGCGAGAAGGCCAUUUGCUGGACAUCCUAUCAUAUGUGCAUGUGCGCCGCUUUACCCCUGCACCUGGACUGAUAUUCCAUUCCCUGAUAGCGGUAGCGAUGGUGCUCUACGGGACGAUCGACUCUCUAAUAGACUUCUUCUCAUUCACGGCGUGGAUCUUCUACGGAGGCGCCAUGCUCGCUCUCAUUGUCAUGAGAUACACUAAACCACACGCACCGAGGCCUUACAAGGUGCCUAUAGUCAUCCCAUACAUCGUCCUGAUAGUAUCAACGUACCUGGUGGUCGCCCCAAUAGUGGACAAGCCCCAAUGGGAGUACCUGUACGCAGCCGCGUUCAUCCUCGCUGGACUGGUGGUCUACAUACCAUUCGUCAAGUGGGGAUACUCUCUACCUUUUAUGGAUAAAAUUACAGUUUUCCUGCAAAUGAUCCUGGAGGUGGUCCCGACAUCUACCACAUUUGAAUAUUAAGACGUCCCUGCUGGACUUUAAAAAGCAUUUGUGAAAUUAUUUUUAUGUGUAGAUAGGUAUCUUAUCAUCGGAUCAUGAUUCAUCAAUUUGUGAUUAUUUUUAUCAACGGUUGAGUACAUUAUUAUUUUAAAGGCAAUAUUGUCUUGUACAAGAACCGAAAUUUUAUAACAGCCUUUGGCAACUUUUUAUAUUAGUCUGAAAAAUUGUUCUUAAUGUUUUUUUGUACAUUACUUACUUUUAAAUUAUUUUUAUACCCCUUUUAAUGUAGCAUGAUUAGAAUGACAGCAGGGUAGAGAUAUAUCGCCUAGCGCGCAAGCGACGAGAGAUAUAUGUCACUCUAACUAUACUACAUUAAAAGAGGCAUAACAACCCUAAUUCGCGUACAUUGGAGUAUCGUGGCGUGCUAAGCAAUACUUAUAGAACUUAGAAUGUGUCUGUAAUAGAUUUUGUGAGGCCAGUCAGUGUUAAAUAGUGAUUUCUCAUAGAGCAAUACGGGCUUCCAGCGGACCGAAGGGGGGUAAGUAAUAAUGUUUGCGGGGCGGGAGAGAAUCUGCGACACUUUAAUUUGUAGUUGUACCAAUUGUCGAUAGAAGCAUUUAUCUAUGAAUUCGAAACGUCGUCAAGGGAAAUUAGGUUUAGUUAUUAUAAUCAAUAUAGGACUAAUUAUUACUUUAUAAUUUGACAAAAUAACUGAAUAUUUAUAUAUUUUUACAUGAUUGUAUACACGAGAGCCAUGACUCCUUUCUCUUUGACAUUUCUAUCGAUAACUUUCUACAAACUGGUAAGCACUAUGGCUCAGUGACAAGAUCAGUCGCUAGGAUACUAAGUAGUUUUCCAUUGUACAAAUCACUGUGGGCUUAGCACCGUAAGCGUGCGACUCUUUUUUGCCUCGACAUACGUCACCCGUCACUCUCUCACAGUACUUCACAGAAAGAGACAGAUGAUCUCUGUCGCGGCGAGAAAGAGUCGCGUGCUAAGCCCACGGAUGUGCAAAUACAGAGAACGUAUUGAUUAUGUUCUCUUUGACGUAGACCCGGAGGGGAACGCCCACAGAACACUAGUACUCUCGGAACGCCUGCGUAUGACUACUCUUCUCCUCGUGUUGCUCUAAGUAAUUAUCUAGACGAUUCCUGUUAUUUCAAAUUGAAUGUUUUAGAUUCAGUAAAGUAAGCGUAAUAAGAAAACUAAAAUUAAUAGACACUUUUAGAAUAAUAUGGGUAACAAUGGACAGAACAAUGUAUGAAAAGCCUAUCCAAAAUGGUCUAAUCCAAUAAUGUUAAAUGGUCUCACCAAAUUUAAAUUUCUAAGAUUGAUACUCGUACCAUUCACAUAACGAUGUUUUAGGUAAGUAAUUGUAAUAAAGAAACAGCCAAUUGAUACUAUUUUUGUGAGAAAUUAGCUAAAUAUGAAAUAUGUAGUAAUUUCAUGGCUCAUUUCAUUAGUUUGCACGAAUCAUUCCUCUGCAGGGCUGCGCCGGCGGGAACAGUAUCCACUCGCGGCGUCGAGUCCUUUUCGCGUCACUAUGAGUGAUUGUGCUAAACUCAUAGUUUCUUAGCUCAUCGUCAUCUAUAGUCAACCUUAGACUAUAACGUUUAGUAUUAGAAUUGUUUGAUUUUGAUGAUAAAUAUUUUAUAAAUAACUUUUUGCAGUAACCGUAACCCUCGUAUGGGAUAGUUUGUACAUUUAGUAGCGUAACGCUCAAUUUUACGCGAGCUAUAAUUAGGCGGCAAUGGGGAAUAAUUUCGCAAUACUCUUUGGCAAUGAUAUCUUGGUAGAACAUAUAACAUCACGGUAUAAAGGUAUUGGAAAAGCGUAUAGUAGGUGUACCUUAAUCAAUUUCUUCGUGUGAUAAUAAAGUUAGCAUCUAUUGGAGCUUGUAUAAGUACUGUUAUCCUAAAUUAUGUAGUCAAGAGUGUAUUUGCCGUCUACCUAUCCCAUUUUCAAAGACUAAAGUGUGUUUUAACAAUAAUAACAUGUUUAGACAGUUAGAAGUUUGCGACCGGUAAAAUUUGGUCCUAUCAUUCCUUACCGGGGCAGGCAGACACUGUUAGCAUUGUGUUUAUUGAAGUUAUUUUAUAUUAUUAUUGACUGUUAUGAAAAUUUUGACAAAAGCGUUUUACAAAUUAAUAUAUAGAUGAACCCUAGUACAUAGAUACAUAUUAUCAUGUAUUGUGCUUAGAAGCGCUGGCCCAUCUUAAAAGGUCAUCAAUGAUGGUAUUGUAUGGUUUCUAUUAUGGUAAAUUCUAAGCAAACACGGGCACACAGUAAGUACACACCUAACGAUGUGAUAUUGUUAUGGGUAAAACGGAUGGUUUUAUUUUGUGUACAAAAUAAUAUCAUAAAAUUCAUACAUAUUUAAAAACCAAAUGUACUUAUCUCUUUAUGAAAGAGAGCAGAAUUAUUAUUGUUACUAUCAAUGAAUUGAAUGAAAUUUUAAUAAAGACAAACAAAAUUA